AUGGACUCAGGCGAUGGCAUCCAAACACGCGCAGCCUCUCUGCGCCAGGAGGCAACUCGGCGGUGGCUCGUAAAAGAUGAGCUGGUGUUCCUCUUGCAGCACUACAAGCUGGUGGGCGUGCCAAUUCUUCACUCGCUGCAGCUACGGCCGCCUAGCGGCACUUUACUGUUCUACAACACGCUCAAGAUCUCGGACUACAAGAAGGAUGGAUGGCAUUGGCAGAAGCGCAAGGACAAAAGUGGACGAGUGCGUGAAGACCGCGCCAAGCUCGUGAUCAACCGAGAAGUCAUCAUCUUAGGGACAUACGUGCACUCGGCAGACACUUCUACAUUCCACAGGAGAAUUUACUCAGUGCGCGACUCCAACGACAGUAUCGUCCUUGUCCACUACUUCGACGAAGUCAACAAGGAGCCUGUGCUCCGUCAAUUUUCCUCAACGUCUAGUAAAAGCCGUCAAAACACCAACAAAGGGGUAAAACGAUCGCUGCCACAACUCAGUCCACCAAAGCCAAUACCAUCGGAAGAAACGGUAGAUUCCAUCAUGAAAAACUGUUUCGAGAUGGACUUCGAGCCUCAAACUGCAUUAUACCAGACUUCUUCGCUCAGUAUGUCGGAUGCGGAUCUGCUACUAUUAAAAGACAGCACGAUGGACUGUCUCAGUGCCGACGAUUUGUUCAAAGAUCUGGCGUCGCCAGAAAAAUAUACCAGCGGUUUGAGUGGCCAACAGACCUUCGAACUAGUCGAAAUUUCAGACUUUUCGCCAGACUGGGACUUCGGAGAUGGCGGGGCCAAAAUUCUCAUCUGCCUGGCAGCCAAGCUACCUAAAGGAAUGGCUCAAGACCCGAUGAAGUUGUUUGUGCAGUUUGGUGCGAAACGAGUCCGCGCCGAGAAAGUAUCAGACACGGUAUUGCGCUGCACAGCUCCUAGCUCUUUGGAAGUUGGGGGCGUGGAUAUGUUUGUGUGCCAUUGCGGGGGAUCACAGGAGUGCAUACAGCUGUCACAUAAAAAGCAGUUCACCUAUCGCAGUCAUUAUCAAGUGUCGCCUUCAUUAAUUGGAGACAUUGCAAGAGAUAAACGCCUCUAUCACCGACCAAAUCUCUCGACAUUUGUCGAGUCAGAUUUGGACGAGCGGCAAUGCAAGAUUCGAGUCGUCGAGCGGUUGUCUGAGUUUCACCAUGCUAUCCGCACAAAAACAACAGAGCCUGCACCCAAAGCGGCGUUGUCCUUAACUGGAAGUAGUAAUGGUGACGGGAACAUUCCUCCACCAAGAGAAGAGAACGCCUCUUUACCGGUGACACUACCGACGUCGGGUUCACCGACUAGUCAAGUGCAGCCAAUAGCUCAAUCAAAUGUCAAAGCAGAGCCUCCAGAUGAAUCGACUUCCUCCAGUGAGAUAUCGACUGCGCUGGAUGACUGCACAAUCGAGACUCUGAGCGACAACGAUUUAGAGCAGCUCUCAGAAAAACUACUCGAGCGUGUGGUGCGUCAGCUUAUCACAGUCGCACAUACAAGCGAGGAGCUGCUGGAGGAGCUCAAUUCCCUGGACGAGACUGGUUUGAGCUUAUUGCACUACGUGAGUUUCUACAACUACUCGCAGUUGGUGCCGGUGCUGGUUGCACAUGGCGCACAUAUCAACCAGCAAAGUACGCAAGGCCAGACAGCACUUCAUCUAGCAGCAGGAUGCGGCCACGAUGAAGUAGUCGAUGUGCUACUGCAAUCUGGAGCGGACCUUCAAGUACGUGACUUUGACGGCCUUACUGCUGCUGAUCGCGCUGAAAAGUCAGGCCACGCACACGUUGCUGCAAAACUGCACCGUCACAUGGGUGAUGAGCCGAAUGACUUGGGUGCAGUUGACGAGAUAUAUGGCUUUGGAGGAUCACCGAUGGAGAUUGACGAUGCCCCGACACCGUACACGGAUGCUGGGGAUAUGGGCCUUUUAGCAGAAAAUGACGACGUGAUGUCCAAUGUCCGUCCACCGCGCUCUCACUCGAACAGCUGCGAGAGUCCGUCGGAGUCGAACUUAUCGUCGAAGGCGACAUCUUACGUGGGAGAGAAUCAAGAGCACAAUCGGAAGCUGCUGCUUGGAGCUUUCUCGACGAUGAGUUUGCACGAUAAAUGCGCGCUUUCGCUGACGAUUUCCCGAGACUCUGGGGGUCACGUGUCCAGACGUCGGGAAAGUAGUGUCGGAGAAAAUAUUCCAAUCAACUCUCCCAGUAGCAGCACGGGAACAUCGGUGGGCUUCGGUUCAUCUCCUGCUAGUAUGGUUGGCAUGGAUGCCAAUCUUGUCGGUGGACGCUUAGUGUUGGCCGGAAAUGAGAACGACUCGGAUGUUCAGAGCAUGAUUGCCGAAGACGAGGAAGGCUUAAACAAACUCCAGGCAGCAAUGGAACUAAUGGGUCCGGAAGAAAGACAGUCACUGGAAGACGAGGUGAAGGUAUUGCAGCACGGCAUCCGAGCGUGGUUGCUCAAGCGGAAUUGCAAGAACAUGCGUGAGACGACCAAACAGCUCCGCGAAGCCACGCAGAGCAUUGAGGACCAGCAGAAGCAGCAAGAAGCACUAUCAGAACGUGAGCGUGCCGCUGUGACCGUCCAGGCAGCGACGCGCAGCAUGUUGGCACGACGUAGUUUCCUGCAGACAAGGCACGUCACAAUUAAGUUCCAAGCCGCCACGCGAGGUGUCCUUUGUCGCAAGAACUUUGCCCGUAUGAAAGCGCAUGCUCUAGCAUCGUUGGUGAUCCAACGCAAUGUCCGCGAGUGGUGGAACAAGCAACCUGCUGCAACUCGCAUCGAUAAAGAAAUAGACGACCAAGAAAAAGAUUCACAAGAGGAGAAAGCACCCAUCCCAGAAGAUGCAUAUGAAGCGCAACACAGCUUGUAA